AUGCCAUCGUACGAAGUCGAACAUAUCUGUCCCCUGAACGAAUCCCAAAGGGACGAGAUUGCGGCCGCCAUCACCCAGAUUCACUGCAACGUCUUCUCAGCGACUCGCCUAUUUGUGAAUGUGCGAUUUACGGACGUAUCAAACCAUCACACGUAUGUUGCAGGUAGAAAGGCCAAGACCAAUCGCAUCCUCGCCAACAUUCGCUGGGGCCCGGCGCGAAAAUCCAGCCAAUCCGACGACCUCUGCAAUGGCAUUUUAACCGAGUGGAAGAAGAUUGUUGGCAGUGAAGGCGAUAAAUCGCUGGAUACGAUAUUCGUUCUCGGCAGCCUCAUAGGCGGCUUCGAGCGUGGCUUCCUCAAACCCCAAGUAGGGUGCGACCAGGAAUGGGCAGCUCAGAAUUUGCAAGCUUUCAAGAAGUUGGCUGAGGCGGGUGACCAAGACUUUCAAGAAUUGGUGGAUGCCAUUGAGGGAGAGCACGCAUUCCGUUAA